CUAGCCAAACACACUCAUCAUUCUAGUAAUCAAAACAAUUACACACACACACAAAUAUGGCAGAAGAAGACACGGUGACACUCUAUGGGUUUUGGGCAAGUCCUUAUGCGAAGAGAGUAGAACUGGCCCUCAAACUUAAGGGCAUACCCUAUGAAUAUGUGGAGGAAGAUUUCCCUAACAAAAGCUCAGAAUUAAUCAGAUACAACCCUGUUUACAAGAAGGUCCCUGUACUUGUUCACAAUGGUAAAGCCAUAUCAGAGUCACUUGUCAUCCUUGAAUACAUUGAUGAAACUUGGAAAACUGGUCCUAAACUCUUGCCUGACGAUCCUUACAAAAGAGCUCAAGUCAGAUUCUGGGCCAGUUUUCUUGAACAGCUGUUUGGGAGCAUGCUUACAGCACUCAAAAGCAGUACAGGAGAAGCACAACACAAGGCUUUCAUGGAAGUGUCCCAUAAACUAGAGUUACUUGAAGAGGGCUUGAAAAACUUCUAUCCGGACUGCACUCGAAUUGACGGCGCAAGUGUGGGACUUCUAGAUUUGGUUAUGGUAUCUAUGUUUGGAGGUAAAAGGGUUCAAGAAGAAGUCCUUGGCAUAAAUGUUAUUGAUCAUGACAAGACUCCACUAUUAUCAGCAUGGAUAACAGCUCUAGGUGAUAUUCCUUUGGUGAAAGAGGCACUCCCUCCUCAUGAUAAGCUCGUCGCUUUCCUCAAGUAUAUCAGAGAAAAUGCUCUUAAAUCUUCUGCACCUUGAUAUUGUAGUAUCAUAAGACUUUUCCAUGUUGUUGUUGUUUGAGUGUCAUGUUUUUCUUUCUUGGUUUUGUUUUUUCAACUAAUGUAUCAAAUAAGCACAAAGCGGCAGAGUGAAUCUAGCUAGGCUUUUAGGUAUACUCAAUAUGCAUAUGUCAAUGUUCUUAUGUUGUUGUGACUUGGGCCAUGCCCACCUUUGUAGUUCA